AUGAGUAUUAUACCAGCUAGUGAUGCACCUAUUCAAAAUUUUGAACAAAUCGAUCAAUCAUUCAUGUAUACACAACUACUCAAAGAUAUUGUAUUCGAAUUUAGAUAUGAUGAACAACUCUUAAAAGUUCUGAUUGCCUUUUGUCGUACUCAGUAUACCGGCAAUAGUCACGAAUUGAAUACUAUCGAUAAAUUCGAGCAAGAAUAUGAACUUCAUUCGCCUGUAUGGUGGUAUACUUACGCAGGUUUCCUCUAUCCCAUGCUCAAUCGAGCUUUGCGCGCUCAAGAACUUGAUACAAUUCUUAUGAUGGGUUUUUUUAUUCGAGCUUUACAUGUACAAAUCGAACAACUUCACGCAGAACAAUCGAAUGAUCGUCACGUACAAGUACUUACUGUUUAUCGAGGUCAAGGUAUGUCAAAUACUGAAUUCGAGAAGAUAAAGAAAAGUCAAGGCGGUCUUCUUUCGUUUAAUAAUUUUUUAUCGACAAGCAUCGAUCGAGAUGUCUCUUUUCUGUUUGCGGAAAGCAAUGGAAUGAAUCCAGACUUAACAGGAAUUCUCUUUAAAAUUAUUAUUGAUUCAUCGAUAUCAUCGACUCCUUUUGCUCUUCUUAACAAUGUUAGCCAUUAUAAUGAUUCAGAAAAGGAAAUUCUAUUUUUGAUGCAUACUGUUUUCCGUAUUGGUGAAAUCAAACGAUUAAACAACAGUGAUCAAGUAUGGCAGAUAGAUCUUACACUGAUGAGUGACAAAGAUCAACAACUUAGUGCUCUUAUUCAACUCAUUCGAGACGAAACAAGAGAAUUACCAGGAAUUCAUCGAUUGGGGUUAAUUCAUUGUGAUGAAGAGAAUUUAACAACGAAAGAACAAAAUCAGGUUCAACAUGAAGGUUGA